UAAUCGCUCUUUCUACAUCGCCGAGGCGUGGGAGGCGUCUACUGUCAAACCUGUGGAGCGUCUGUCUGUCUGUCUCACUCUGUCUGUGUCCGUCUGUCUGUUCAGCAGACAAUACUACACGCACGGUCGUUAGUAGUAGUUGUAGUUUGGAGACAAUAAACCGGUUCGACUGCUCUUUGGGGGGAAUCUCCGCUGUCAUCCCGGAAGACUCAUCACAAUCUUGCUUCAAAGGAAGUUGAAGCAAACAGCUGUGUGUUAUUUGGGAGCCAAUCAAGCAGCCAUGGACGCGUUUAUGAAGGGUUUCUCUAAAGCCAAGGAUGGGGUCGUGGCAGCGGCGGAGAAAACCAAGCAGGGAGUGACUGGAGCAGCUGAGAUGACGAAAGAUGGGGUUAUGUUUGUAGGUACCAAAACAAAGGAUGGAGUCACAACAGUCGCAGGUAAAACUGUGUCUGGAGUGUCUCAGGUGGGUGGAGCGGUGGUUACCGGGGUUACAGCUGUGGCCCAGAAAACUGUGGAGGGUGCAGGCAAUAUUGUUGCUGCCACCGGAUUGGUCAAGAAGGAUCCAGCCAAACAAGGUGAUGACGCCCUGGCAGCACAGAACGUGGCAGAGUCACCGGUUGAUUCUGACCCUGCUGAUGCUACAGAGGAGGACACCGACGACUAAACUGACUGAGCGCUUCACAAUCAAAGAUCAAUGACCGAAACAUUCCAUGUCGCUCUGCCAAGUCCCGUUGUGCCUCGUUUUGGUCCUUUAUGGAGUCUGUGCCCAGCGUCUGUGGGUGUGUAUGUGUGUGUGUGUGUGUGUGUGUGUGUGUGUGUGUGUGUGUGUGUGUGCGUGCGUGUUGUUAUGUAUGUCUGUAAUGCAGUAUAUGUGUAAAUGUAGAGAAACAGAGGUGCUGUGUGAGUGUGUACAUGCGUGUGCCUUCAGUCCUGAAAGGGACCUCAGGUGUGUGUGUCGUCCGUGACCAGCUGUCAUUUACAGUGACUCCCUCCCACUGAGAAGGACACCUGGUCGUUGUGUGUGCGCAUGUGUAUGUGUCUAUAUGUCGGUUUUCCGUCAACUGUGUGGUUAUGUCAAUAACUCAAACAUGGAAAUAUACCACAAUUUACCACUUCAAGCACCUAAGUGUCUCUAUAUAAAUGAAAAAUUGACAGUGAUCUGGUUGAAAUGGAAGCAUAAUGAUAUUCUCUAUUUUUGUCUGUAUACUGUCACUGUUUAUAGCGGUGGACUAUGAAGUGCUAAGAGCUAUAUGUGCAUUCGUAUUGUAUUUUUUAAGUUAUCACUGCUAUAACAAAUAUAUCUCAUACUGAAUGGACUUUUGAAAACCAAGAGCAUGUAAACCACUGUUCAGCUUAAUGGCUGUGAUAUGAAUUUAUUUGGAUUUAAGUGUUGA